AUGGCUUCUUUUCAGAAUAUUCCUAACAACACCAACCCCACCUGGUGGAAAGACUCCUCUCUACGACGGAACGUCUUCUACACUUUCGGCUGCAUGUUAUGUCCUUUCUAUCUAGGCUACGACCAGUCCCUCCUAACAGGCCUCCAAGCCAUGCCAUCCUGGAACACCUACUUCAACUCCCCCUCCGGCCAAUGGCUCGGCAUUAUAUCCGCCGCCAUCUUCCUCCCUGGCAUCGUCAUGGGGUUUCCGGCUGCCUGGAUGUGUAAUGUCUGGGGGAGGAAGUGGUGUAUCCUGGUUGGGUGUGUUUUUAUCAUUGCGGGGGCGGUUUGGAAUGCGUUGGCGAGGACUGCGGUGGAGUUUUUGGUUUCUCGCAUUGUGAUGGGCAUCGGAGGCGGUCUCACAAAAACCAGUGCGCCAGUUCUCCUGCAGGAAAUUGCUCACCCGCGACUUCGGCCUGCGCUCAGUACCAUGUACUACGGGUGUUACUAUAUUGGGUCUUUGAUUAGUGCUAUUAUGUGCAUCAUCGGCCUCAACGUCCCCAACAACUGGGGCUGGCGAUUCCCCUGUCUCCUCGCGUUCGUCGGUCCAGCUGCCGUCAUCCUCAUUCUUCUCGGCGGACCAGAGUCGCCUAGAUUUCUGGUAAAGAGGGGAAGACGUGCUGAUGCGCUUUCUAUCCUGGCGAAAUAUCAUGCGAAUGGGGAUGCGGAUGAUGCACUAGUGUUGUGGGAAUAUCGCGAGAUUCAGAGUGCGAUUGAGCAGGAGGGGGAUAGUAACAAGACAUCUUAUAUGGACUUUUUCAAAACAAAGGGAAAUCGAAAACGUCUGUUUGUUUCGAUUGCUAUUGCGAUUGGUGUGAAUUGGGUUGGGAAUGGUGUUGUUUCCUACUACCUCUCUCCCGUCCUCAAAUCCAUCGGUAUCACAAACUCUACCCACAUCCUCUCUGUCAACGCCGGCCUCGCAGCCUGGAACCUUCUCGUUUCAGAGCUCGCCGCGCUCAACAUCGACCUCCUCAGUCGGCGUGCCCUCUUCCUAACAUCCACCUCAGGGAUGAUCCUCGCCUAUGCAAUCGUCAUGGCCCUCUCCGCCACAUUCAGUCAGACAAACAACGCCUCUACAGGAAUCGCAGCCAUCCCUUUCCUAUUUAUUUUCUUCGGGUUCUACGAUCUCGCCUGGACGACGCUGAACUACUCAUACUGUGCGGAGAUUAUGCCGUUUGGGUUGAGGGCCAAGGGGAUGGCGGUUUAUCUUUCCGUGCAGCAGUUGGCAAAUACGUUUAAUCAGUUUGUCAAUCCGAUUGCGCUCGAGGGGAUUGGGUGGAGGUAUUAUGCGGUUUAUGUUGUUGUGGAUUGUGUUUAUUUGGUGAUUAUCUAUCUUUUCUUUCCUGAGACGAGGGGGCUGGCGAUUGAGGAGGUUGCGGCUGUUUUUGAUGACGAUACGCUUGAGAGAGAGGAUGAAAAGGUGUCUUCAGAGCAUGUGGAGGUCAAGUAG